AGCGUAGCGUCACUCUGCCAAUCCUCUGCUCCCUGCAUUAGCAUUAGCCACCACUGCAGGUGGAGCCUCUGCACCAGGCAGCAUCAGCCCUUCUAGUGCCAUACAGAGCAGAGCUGCUGUUAGAUAGCAGUGUCUCUCAUACAAUUGUAGUACAGUGAGCUGUUGUGGUCUUGUGGCUCCAGGCUGUCUCUCUCACUGUCUGUCUGCUUUCCUGUUUGUCUGCCUGCCUGUCUGUCUGCUGAGGAUUUCCGUCUCCUUCCGGGAUACCCUCUUUAUUGGGGACCCAGGAGGACAGAGGAAGAGGAAGAGUGGUUUCAGAGCGAGGGAGAAGAAGAAGGAGAGGAACGGGCGAGAAGAGCAGAAUCCAUCAGGAGGAGGGAGGAUCAGGUAUUUUUCCUCUAGAGAAGUGAUAUGAACACCAGGUGUGGUCAGCUCUCUGUAAGUGUGUGUGGGAUGUCGUGUCAGGGCUAGAUCUCCUUCUUCUCCCAUGAUCCUGUGGGCCCAUACACACACUCGGCGCCCACACACACACACACGGCGCCCCCACAAACACGCACGCAAUCGACGCUGACGUUGUGAAGUGGACCCUCGUAGCCAGACCGGAGCAGAACCCGGAUCGAACCGGCCGUUGGGCCGGCGGGGCGGAGCCUGAUGAUGUCAACAGAGGCGGAGCUACAGCCAGCUGUCAGGCCCAGCGUCAGGAGAGACUCCAGGAGGAAAGGGCAGGAUCGUAGCGAGGCUGGGUUGAUCAGGCGGUUUAAGGGGGAUGGCGUUCGCUACAAGGCUAAACUCAUCGGUCUGGACGAAGUCACCGCCGCACGUGGAGACAAACUCUGUCAAGACUCCAUGAUGAAGCUCAAGGGUAUAGCAGCGGCAGGGCGAUCUAAAGGAGACCACAAACAGAAGGUGUUUUUAACCGUCUCCUUUGGAGGGAUCAAGAUCUUCGAUGAGAAGUCUGGGGUCCUCCAGCACCACCAUGCUGUCCAUGAGAUCUCGUACAUCGCUAAAGACAUCACGGACCACCGAGCCUUUGGCUACGUCUGUGGGAAGGAGGGAAACCACCGCUUCGUAGCUAUCAAGACCGCUCAGUCGGCAGAGCCAGUGAUCCUGGACCUCCGGGACCUGUUCCAGCUCAUCUAUCAGAUCAAACAGAGAGAGGAGAUGGAGAAGAAAGCCCAGAAGGACAAACAGUGUGAACAGGCUGUGUACCAGACUAUUCUGGAGGAAGAUUUGGAGGAUCCGGUCUACCAGUACAUUGUGUUUGAGGCGGGACACGAGCCCAUCCGCGACCAAUCAGAAGAGAGCAUUUAUCAGGUUCCGACCAGCCAACAGAAGGAGGGGGUAUAUGACGUCCCCAAGAGACACCCAAAUAUCAACCAAUUAGAGCUUUUCGGAGACAUCUCCACACUCCCGGACAUCUACUCACCCUCGACCCCUGCCUCUCCAGCCAAUACCCUGAACCCCUCUCUGGGCCUGCAGCCCCUCACGGAACUCUUCAACCCCUUCAACCCCGCCUCUGUACCCUCAGGUUACGUGGCGAUGGGAGCGGUACCUCCAGGUCAGGUGUGGUCGCAGCAGGCGUUUGCUGCCCAAGCAGGUCCUCUGUUUGGAGUCCAGUCCCCCCUGGGUCAGUCCCUCCCUGUGGCCCAGGUCAUGCCUGGAGGCCAGCCUCUCAUCUGGGGCCAGGCCAACCUCUUCCCUGCUACACAGCAGCAGUGGGCCGCCAUGACGGGAGCAGGGUUCCCUGCUACAGCCUACCUCCCAGCCCAGCCAGGGUCUCUGCCUGCCAUGUUCCUCCCUGUCAAUCAACCCUGCGACAGCCUAUCAUCUGCCAGCGCUGCCUCUAACCCCACCCCCUCAUCAGCCUCAAGUCCACAGCAUGCAGAGAGGCAGCAGCAGAAGAUGAGCAAGGAGAUGUUUAAGGACUUCCAGCUAGUGAAGCCCCCUGCCAUGCCAGCUAAAAUGGGGGACCAGCACCACUGUCUAGCUGGGACCUCGGAGGCCUUCAGCUCCUAUUUCAACCGCGUGGGGACCGCCACCGAUACAGACGACUGUGACGACUUUGACAUCUCUCAGCUCAACCUCACUCCUGUCACAUCCACCACGCCCUCCACUAACUCACCUCCGACCCCGGCCCCCAGACAGAGUUCUCCGUCUAAAUCGGCGUCGUCUCAUGUUAGUGACCACAUUGACCAUAUCAGUGACCCCACCACAGACGCCACCGACCCCCCCACAGAUGACUCGUUCGGCGAGGUCGAGGGCAGUCCAAGCCGAAGUGGAGAGGAGGAUGCGGCGUGUGAGUCUGGGUCUCCUUGUCCCAGUGAGACAGCAGGUUCUAGUCCAGCCCAAACCAGUCCACCUGCCGACAGCUAGAUAUAUGCUGGGGGAAGGAUCUCUGUCUGCAGGGGAAGGAUCCUCUCUACGCCCAGAUCAACAAAGGGAGGAAAUAAAGAGACACACUGAACACUGGACUGACCUGCCAACGCUGACCAACCAACCUGAUGUGUGUGUGGGCACACCUUCUCUUUAUCAGCCUUUGCCUCUGCCUUCUCUUUACCUAGUAAUUUCACCUUCCCCUCAUCCUUGUCUUAGCCCUUUACCUUCUUCUCCUUCUCCUCCUUGCCGAAGACUCUGGGUGCGAUGCCCCCCUUCCCCUGGAGGGAGGAGAGGAGGGAGGGUCGAGCUCCAGGCCGUAGGGAGUGUGAGUUGGAGGGUGUGUGUGAUGUGGGGUUGAGGGAAGGAAGGGAGUUUGUAGGACUGUGAGGAGGAAGCAGGACUUCAGGUUUCUCAGGGAGGGCAGAUUUGGUCCUGGGCUGCUUCAGCACCAACACUUCCUCAUCCUGGAACUUUGCCCUCAAGGACUUGAAGUCCAGAGAGUCUUCUUCCUGUCAGACAGAGAAAGG